UUGCACCCCGUCAAAAUUGGACUAUACUGGUACAUCCGGGACAUUCAGCGCGAAAUAAACCUUUUGGCGCGCAAUUUUUGGCGAACUCGGAAGGGUCCUGUUCAUAUUUUUCGUUUCUUGCGAUAUUGUUAUAGUUUUCAACCACCAACAAUGGCGUUUAACCUACACGAAGGAUCCAUACAGGAAAUUGCGAAUGGAGGAAGCCCAAAAGCACCAGUCCUGCAAGUCCUGGGAAUCAAGAAGAUACAGAGUGCAGGAGCACAAGGGUCCGAGAGAUACCGCCUACUGCUGUCAGAUGGAAAACACACCCAGUCCUCUGCCAUGCUGGCCACCCAGCAGAACAGCCUGGUGCAUUCUCAGAAGCUUCAGCAGAACUGUGUGAUCCGACUGGAGAAGUACAUCUGUAACACCAUCCAGGACAACAGGCGUGUCCUGAUCAUGCUGGAGGUCCAGGUUCUCGGCAACCCUGGGAACAAGAUCAAGAACCCCACACCUGUCAAUCAAACUGGAGGUGGCACUGCCCCAGCUCCUGUGCAGAAUGCAUUCGGCAGCUCCAAUUUUGGGCAUGGCCGUCGACCUCUGACCUCUGUCCCACAACCCUCCUUCUACAGAGGAGGAGCCGCUCACGCGGUAAAUGGCGGGAUGAAUCGCUCAGGGAACCCGGGAGCUGGCGCACGGCCCAACCAGGGUGCCGCGGGGUCUUCCUUCUACGGUCGCAGUAACGUCACAGCCUCUCCAGGCACCCCUGGUAGGGGCAAGCCUACACCUAUUGCAGGCCUGAACCCCUAUCAGAACAGGUGGACAAUCCGUGCCCGUGUGACAAACAAGGGCAGUAUCCGGACCUGGAACAACGCCCGCGGGGAGGGGAAGCUGUUCUCCAUGGACCUUCUGGACGAGUCGGGUGAGAUUCGAGCCACAGCCUUCAACGACCAGUGUGACAAGUUCUAUGACCUGAUCGAAAUAGGCAAGGUGUACUUCUUCAGCAAGGGGAGUCUUAAGACAGCCAACAAGCAGUACACAUCCAUCCAGAAUGACUACGAGAUGUCCUUCAACAAUGACACCACCGUGGUACUGUGUGAGGAUGAGGCAGACCUCCCCUCCAUCCAGUACAACUUUGUUCCCAUAGAGAAGCUGGAGGAAAUGAAUCCAAACACUAUCAUUGACCUGAUUGGUGUCUGUAAGAGCUACGGAGAAGUGACGACGAUCACGACGCGACAGACAAACAGGGAGGUGAACAAGCGCGACUUACAGGUCGUGGACAUGUCGGGCAAACAGGUCAACCUGACACUUUGGGGAGGCGAGGCCGAUAAGUUUGAUGGGUCCUCGUCCCCAGUCGUCGCCAUCAAGGGCGCCCGUUUGUCGGACUUCGGCGGACGUUCCCUCAGCACCGUGGGUUCCAGCACAAUCAUGAUCAACCCAGACAUUCCUGAGGCCUACCAGCUCCGAGGGUGGUAUGACAAGGUGGGCUGUAACGCAGAGGCACAGUCCAUUUCCACCGGGGCAGGGGGAGGGGCAGGACGUCCCACCAACUGGAAGAGCUUCCAGCAGGUGAAGGAUGAGAACCUGGGUACAGGGGAGAAGCCUGACUUCUUCACUACCAAGGGAACCAUUGUCUUUCUGAAGAAGGAGAACUCCAUGUACCAGGCCUGCCCUACACAGGAUUGUAACAAGAAGGUGGUGGACCUACAGAAUGGCUUUUUCAGCUGUGAGAAGUGCAGCAAAGAGUUCCCCAACUUCAAGUACAGGAUGAUCCUUAGUGCUAACGUUGCAGACUUUAGUGGCAACCAAUGGACAACAUGCUUCCAAGAAACAGCAGAAACCAUCCUGGGACAGAACACAGAAUACCUGGGCAACUUGAAGGAUCAGGACGACACAGCCUAUGAUCAGGUCUUCACUGAGGCGAACUUCAAGUCGUACAUUUUCAACAUGAGGGUCAAGAUGGACACAUACAAUGACGAGUCUCGUAUCCGGUGCAUCUGUAACGGCAUUCAGCCAUUGGACUUCAAGGAGUACAGCAAGAAACUCAUCAAUGACAUCAGGCAGAUGGCACUGAUGUAAACUCACACUCAGCCAACACAUGUGUUGUAUUGAUAUCUAUCUGUUCAGUAUAAAUCUAGGGGUGAAAGUGUGUCAUGGGGUAUGACCAACAGGGCUCGAAAUACCACCUGCAUAUGCAGGUUAGUGCAGGUAAAAUUGGAGCUGUGCAGGUAUAUUUGGUGUCUACCUGCACCUAACCUGGACUGGUCCAUGUACUGGGUUUAUACACAAAUGUCCAAUAAUGUAGGUUCAAAUGUUCUCUGAUGCAUUGGCUGUUACCACCUAUAAAGUAAAAAUGAAAAAUAGCAAUGGUUCCUGAACAAUUUUAGUAUGAUCCAUACUACCUAAAUUCAGAGUGGUGCAGGUAAAAUUUGUCUGGUGCAGGUAAUUUUCAAUGUUACCUGCACCAGUGCAGGUAUGCAGGAAAAGGUAUUUUGAGCCCUGACCAAGAAAAGGUUUAUGCUAACUUUCUUGUUCCAUUUGGACAUUGAACAAUAUUUGUACACCACCACAACAAGUUGUAAUGACAUUGGUUCUUGCCCAAAGCAAAGGACUCUGAGAUAUGGUUGUACUUGUACAGUAAUGAGAGAGAGAGAGAGUAAUGAACAUGUUUAGGAGACUUUGUUGAGAAGAGAUAAGUCACAUUGUGACAUUGAAAAA